UCCAUGUUUUUCGCAUCCGAGAGUGUGUGCGAGUGAAUGAGUGUGUGUGCAGGGAGUGGCAGCGGCUGAGAGGCUGAAACGGCAUGCCGGUGGACCUCCUCGGAGCUCUUCUCAAACGAAAGCACGAAGUUUUCUCACUGGCGACUCGUUAAGGGUUUCAGAGAAGUCGGACUUUGUAAGUCCCACAGGUGAAAUGGAGUGGGAGAACCACUCUCUUGACCUCUAGUGCCUCGUGGAAUAUCCCCCCUUUCCAACGGACAUCAUGAACAUGCUAAAGUCGAGUGGCCUGAAGAUCCCUGGCAGGGCUCCAAAACACUCCAGCCCAGUGGGACGAACCGCCGCUGGGCCGUCUUCCUGCCCCACGGCCCCGAAAGACAAUGUCCAGCACAAGCAGACCACCCCAACCCCAAGCAGCAACGCUUCAGACAAGUCCAGUUCUAAAGCAUCGGAGGUGGGAGACGAGGUUGUGGGUGACUUUGUGGUCGGCGAACGCGUGUGGGUGAACGGCGUGAAGCCCGGAUGCAUAGCCUACCUGGGGGAGACUCAGUUUGCUCCAGGCCAGUGGGCCGGAGUGGUCCUCAAUGAGCCAGUGGGCAAGAAUGACGGCUCCGUGGGUGGCGUGCGCUAUUUCGAGUGCCAGCCACUGCAAGGCAUCUUCACCCGGCCCUCCAAGCUCAACCGCCAGCCUGUGGGCGAUGGAACUGAUGGCCAAUCGGGUGACUCCGCCGCCACUCAGAACUCCCAGACGCAGGCAGGUGGUGCUGGGACGGCGGCAACUGGCCAGCGCGUGGUGAUGCCUCUGCGAGAGGGCAUGCUCAACAGUGCAGUGAAGACCGGAAACGAAUCUGGGUCCAACAUGUCUGACAGCGGCUCAGUCAAGAAAGGAGGAGAGAAGGACCUGAGAGUGGGUGACCGUGUCCUGGUGGGUGGCACUAAGACAGGUGUGGUGCGCUAUGUGGGAGAGACUGACUUUGCCAAGGGCGAGUGGUGUGGAGUGGAGCUGGACGAGCCGCUAGGGAAGAACGAUGGAGCUGUGGCUGGAACCAGGUACUUCCAGUGCCCACCCAAGUUUGGCCUUUUUGCUCCCAUUCACAAAGUGAUCCGCAUUGGCUUCCCAUCCACCAGCCCAGCCAAGGCCAAGAAGAGCAAGCGCAUGGCCAUGGGCGUAUCCUCACUGGCCCACAGUCCCAGCAGCUCUUCUAUCAGCUCCGUCAGCUCUGUAGCCUCCAGUGUUGGGGGCAGACCCAGCCGCACUGGCCUGCUGACAGAGACGUCGUCACGGUACGCUCGGAAGAUCUCUGGGACGACGGCCCUGCAGGAGGCUCUGAAGGAGAAACAGCAGCACAUCGAGCAGCUCCUGGCCGAGCGUGACCUGGAGCGUGCUGAGGUCGCCAAGGCAACCAGCCACAUCUGUGAGGUGGAGAAAGAGCUGAACACGUUGAAAGCUCAGCACCUGCAGUAUGCAACAGAGGCGGAGAGCAACCUGCAGCAAGUUCGGACAUUACUGGCUAACGCACAGAGAGACAAAGUAGAGCUGGCCAAUCAACUUGAGGAAGAGAAAAGGAAAGUGGAGGACCUUCAGUUCAGAGUGGAGGAGGAGUCCAUCACCAAAGGAGACCUGGAGACUCAGACCAAGCUGGAGCAUGCCCGUAUUCGGCAGCUCGAGCGGAAUCUGCGUUUGGAAAAGUCCAAAGCAGAGAAGCUUCAGAAAGAAUUAGAGGAGAUGAUGCAAACCACAGUGGAGGAGAAGAGUCGGGUGAUGCAGCUGGAGGAGGAACUGACCCUGCGCAAGGCUGAGGUGGAGGAGCUACAGGCCCGGCUGCAGAGGGCCUCUUCCUCUGGGCCUGAGGGUGCAGAUGCCCUGAGCUCGGAAGCUCUUGCCCUGAGGGAGCAGCUUCUUUCAGCCGGACGUGAGCACCGUGAGGAGAGCAGUCAGCUUCGGGAGAGGUACGAGGCCAUGCUUAAAGCCAGUCGGCAGGAAACGGAGCGCUUCAGGGCCACCCAGGAGCGCCAGAGCCAGGAGAUAUCAGACCUGCGGCAGAGGCUCCAACAGGCCACCCGUGAGAACAUGGAGAUGAUGGACAGCUGGAAGGCCAAACUAGAUGCCCUGGUAGGAGACCACCAGCGUGCUCUGGAAGAACUCAAAGCCUCAUUGACCGGCGACCGCGGAACCUCAGAUGGCGAAAAAGGAGAUGUGCCCGAGAUACCCUGGGAGAGCUUGAGAAUGGAGCAGCAGUUGGAAGUCGAGAACCUGAAGGCGAAGCAUGAGAUUGAGGUGGCAGUGGUGACCAAGGAACGCGAAGACCUUCGCACCAAGCUCCAGGAGCUGCGAGAACAGCUGGAGGAGAGUGAGGAAAAUGCCAGGGUCCAGGCAGAGACCAGAAGCACCCAACACACUCUGGAGCUUAAGGAGGCCACUGAGAGGCUGCAGAAGGCUGAGCUGAGGGUGGCAGAGAUGGAGCGGGCUCAGGAGGAGCAAGGACGGGGCACGCAGCGCCUCAGAGAACAGCUAGAACUGGCUGAGAAGAAAAUGGCAGACUAUGAGGCCCUGCAAAGCGCUGAGGCUCAGAGCAAGGCUGAGAUACUUAUGCUGAAGGAGAAGCUGAGGGUCAGUGAGAAUCUACUACAGGCCGUGGAGACAGACCACACCACCCAGGAUGCUAAUAUGAUAGAAAAUAACGACAGCUCGGAAGAGAAGAUCACGUUAAAGCAAAAUAUGGAAGAAACUUUGGAGAAACUGGCAAAAAGGGAAAAAGAAGUGUCCACUCUAACAACACAAGUAGAUGGCCUCAAAACACAGAUAACAGCCUUGGAGGUGAAGAUGCGCUCAGGAGAGAAGAAGGUGGAUGCGCUCCUCAGAGAGAAGACACGUCUAGAGGUGGAGCUGGAGUCCAUGACCAAAAAAUCCCAUGAUGCAUCUGGCCAGCUGGUGAUAAUUAGCCAGGAGCUCCUGAAGAAAGAGAGAAGCCUGAAUGAGCUGAGGGUUUUGCUGCUGGACUCGCCACGUCACUCCCCAGGCGUCGACCGGGACCUGAGCCGUGAAGUGCACAAGGCCGAGUGGAAGAUGAAGGAGCAGAAGCUGCAGGACGACAUCAAGACCCUGAGGGAGAAACUGCUGCUGUUGGGGCGUGAGAAGUUGUCCCCAGACCACCGUCGUUACUCCAUGAUGGAGCCCUCGGCCACUGACACUGAAGUUACGCGCCUCCGGCAGCGGCUGCUGAGCACUGAGGAGGCCCUGAGGACCGCACUGGAGCACAACCAACAGGUGGACCAACUGGUACAGGCAAUGCGCAUGCGCCCAGAUAAGAGCCAGGCACACAGCGGCGCAAAUUCCGCAAAUGGAAUCCAUCAACAAGACGCUACCUUCACAGAAGAGGAACAGCACUGAUGAUGGGGAAGGCCGGGGCAAUGCUUUGAUCAUAUAAGGAAAACGGAGGUACGCUGCAAAAAGGAGAGGCCAGUUUGAUGCUCAGACCUCGGACUAACGCCUCACUGGACAUCAUUGCUUUCUUUUCACAGUUAACACCAAAACAAGUGACUCGAUCUUGGUUAAAAAAAACAAAAAGCAAACAAAUCAAACAGAAUGGAAACCGCUUAGCAAAGUGUAUGUACAAUGAUGCGAGAUGUUAUUUAAAACAAAUAAAGAGAUAUGACUGAAACGGUACAUCACGAUUAUGGUUGUAGACUCAGACCACUGACCCACCCUGUAGACUACCUCCCACUUGGACAAUGACAUCUGACCUGGGACAAGUGAGAAAGCGUUGGUCUCGAGUCAAGUUAAGAUUGGGCAGGAGGGGGCGAGACGAUCGGUUGAAUGUAACUGAUCACAAACGUUGGCCUCGAUUUAUACUUGUUUAAUUUAUUUGCCUUCUAUGCUAUUGGGAACUAGACUGACCAGUCCGUGAUUUCUGCCUACAGAGCCUUGGCCUUGAUGCUUUUCCCUUACUCCGACUAAAGGAGAAAGGAUGUUGGAUCCUACUGGGGCUUAUUUUUACGUUAUUCUUUUUACGUACUGUCCGUAUGUCACAGUAUUCAGCCACCUACCAGUAUGUCAUCCUCUAUAAGCCAGUGAAGGUGCACCAUAACGUUAGGGAUGCCAAAAUGAAUGGAAUCUCACCACAUUACUGAAACUGUCUUGAUAAAUACCAUAGAGCUCAUAUAGAUAACACAAACGUCAAAGCAGAAUUUGAUCUCCAGUAGUAGCGUGUUAUUAUUACUGUAUAUUCAUGUACCAAGAUACAGUAUACCGCAACUGUUCACUGCCCAGGUGUGACGUCAAUUUUGGCUUCAAACGUCCAUCAUCUAAUUCAACAACAACAGCUACAAAAUCUCUACAAAGUCUUGAUCCACAUUUCUGAUCACGUCACGUACAAACAAGAAUCAUCAAACCCUACGAAACCCCGUCGUCUUCCGAAUGUUAGCUCAAUUUGGAAAAAGCCGAUUGAAUCCAUAGAUGCACCCCGCUGCAAUUAGCUCAAUUAUAGUCUCAAACUUUCUAUCAGUGUGAAAACUAUUAAAAACAGGAAUUUCUUAUCAGUGAGAACAAGUACAAAAUAAAAGAUAGGGCUGGCCCCACGUUUUGCAAAUGAAGCUUCAAGUUGUUGUUGGACUCAGAUGGUCUUUUAUCCGUUAGAAAGCGGUUUACUUUCUUGACUCUAGCUGUAACGGUUCCUGAGACUCAAUCAUUAAACAUGAAUAAAACAAA